GAAAGAAAAAUACAAUUAUCAUUUUGCCUUUUAUAAUGUGCAUAAGAAAUCUACUAAUCCCGCGGGAUCCGCAUAUAAAUUCAAAAAUCCGCGCGAAUCCCGCGGGAUUAAAAAGUGUGCGGGAUUGCAAUCCCUAGAUAUGAUAUUGUUUGUGUUCAAGUGUACUUUUCUUAUAUUUAUACUUUCGCGAUUAGUUUUUUCUUAAAACAUAUUUUCGCGAUUGGUUUACUUUUUAGUUGUUUAUUUACUUUUUUUCUAAUUUAGCUUUUUCUUUUGGCAAUUUAGGGACAUUAAGAUUAUUUAAGAUUUCUUGUAUUAAGUGUUAAGACAGAGAUUCCUCAUUAUAUUUUUAUAUGGAUAACAAAAUUAAUUGCUGCUUUGUAAAUAAUUAUGGAGCUUGUUAUAAACAAUCAUAUACUCAAGAAAGAAAUCUGAUUGAAGAUAUUGACAGCAAUGAUCGUAAGCUACUUGAAAAACAAACAAAUCUGAAACAAGAACAAAUUACUAAUAUAUACACACACCAUCAUGAUAUGUUAGUUGUAAGAUAUGAGGGUAAUCAGAAAAGUUGCUGUAAUUCAUUUCUGAGUCACCAAAAGGUGUGUAGAGCAUCUCUAUGUGUGAUUACAAUGCAUACUGUGUUAGAAGCAGAAACCAUAGGUUUAAAUCUUAUACCUGGAAAAAAACUGUGUCCAACCUGUCGAAGUAAAGUUAUGACAUGUUUAUCAAAAAGUAUAAGUGAAAAUAAAAAUGAUGAAGAUUUUGAUAUUGUUAAUGAAAGAUCCAUUCAAAAUAAAAAAGAAAGUGUAGAUACACACUUUGCAUCUGCUGUAUCUCCAAUUAAAGUCAAAGGGUUGCACAAGUCAGGUAAAAUCAGAGAAGGUAAACGAAAAUUGACAGCAUUAACAACCUCCAUUAAAAAAAACGUAGCCAUUUCCCUUAAUAUAUCAGAAAAAAGUUUUGAAGAACAGUCAAGUUUUAAUAAUGAGUAUAUGGAAAAAGCAAACUUGUUUGAUAACAUGAUGGUAUUGUUAACUAACAAAAUUGUCUACAUCAACAUCAAAAAAAGUACAACUUGCGACACUUGCUCCAACAGACUGGUCAAUAAAAAAGGUAUCUGAAACAUUGCAUGUAACAAACUAUGUAGCUCGAACUGCACGUAAGUUAACAUUAGAAAAAGGUAUUUUAACCAUGCCUAAUCCUAAAUUAGGAAAAGCUCUUCCUGAUGUAACAAUUCAACUGGUCAAGACCUUUUACGAAGACGAUGAACAUAGCCGUAUAAUGCCUGGUAAAAAGGACUAUGUAAGCAUAAAGAAAAAUGUCCACAUGCAAAAACGUUUGCUCUUAUGUAAUUUAAAGGAAUUGUUUGUUGCGUUUAAAACCAAGAACCCAGAAAUAAAAAUAGGAUUUUCAAGGUUUUGCACCUUACGACCUAAAUGGUGUAUUACUGUUGGUGCCUCAGGAACACAUUCUGUAUGCGUCUGUGCUAUUCAUCAGAAUUUGAAACUGCUUUUACAUCCUCUUGGUGUGACAUACAAAGAAUUGUUACCUUAUAUUGUCUGUGAUAUAACUAAUAAAGACUGUAUGUUGAGGAAAUGUGAAAAAUGCCCAGCAACUAUGAAUGCAUUGGUUGAAAAACUUCAUGAUAUCCUUGGAGAAUUUGAAGAUGAUGAUGAGAUUGAAUUUGAUCAAUGGACAACAACAGAUAGUUCAAACUUGACACAUAAUAAAAAGCCAGUGUUUGAAUACAUUGAACUAGUAUGUAGAAAACUGGAAAAACUUGCACCACAUUUGUAUUUAGCAAAGAGUCAAGCAUUAUACCUGAGAUCAAGAAAGAUAUGAACGAGGUAACAGCAUUAGUUCUGGGUGAUUUUUCAGAAAACUAUAAAUUUGUAGUUCAGGAUGAAGUGCAAAGCUUUCAUUGGACAAAUUUACAAUGUACACUUCAUCCAGUGAUUAUUUAUUUCAAAAAAGAAGGCAUUCUCAAGCACAAAUCCUAUUGUAUUAUUUCAGAUGAUAUGAUCCAUGAUGUGAACAUGGUUUAUAAAAUUAUUGAGGUUGUUUGCAAUGAUAUAAAAACAAAUUUGCCUCAAAUAAAAAAUAUUGAAUAUUUUUCAGAUGGGUGUGCAGGUCAAUAUAAGAAUUGCAAAAAUAUGUUAUAUUUGUUUCCAUUGUGAAGAUUUUGGUUUUACUGCUAAAUGGAACUUUUUUGUAACUAGUCACGGUAAGCAACCUUGUGUUGGUAUAGGUGGUACAGUCAAAUGUCUGGCAACACUAGCAAGUUUGCAAAGAGGUAUGGGUAAUCAUAGUUUAUCUUUUGUUGAGGUACCGAUAACAAAAACAGGACUUUGCUACUAUUUAGUCAAAAAAGACUUAAAAAAAAAAAGGAAGUAGAGAUUUUUAUAUUUAUGAGUCUAUUAU